UACCGCGUCUCGCAGGCGGCACCGCCCGCCCGGCCCCGCCCCUCCGCCGCCGCCUCACGCACGCACUGCGCGUUACGCGUUACGCACGCGGCGAGACAGCCGAGACCGCCACCACGAAGCGCCGCAGCCCGUUACUGAAAUCAUGAAUCCUGUGUAUAGCCCUGGAUCUUCUGGGGUUCCCUAUGCAAAUGCCAAAGGAAUUGGUUAUCCAGCUGGCUUCCCAAUGGGCUAUGCAGCGGCUGCUCCUGCCUAUUCCCCUAAUAUGUAUCCUGGAGCAAAUCCUACCUUCCAAACAGGUUAUACACCAGGCACUCCUUAUAAAGUGUCUUGUUCACCCACUAGUGGUGCAGUCCCGCCGUAUUCCUCAUCACCAAAUCCCUACCAGACUGCUGUGUAUCCAGUCCGAAGUGCCUAUCCACAGCAGAAUCCAUAUGCACAGCAAGGCACUUACUACACACAGCCUUUAUAUGCAGCACCACCCCACGUAAUUCACCACACCACAGUUGUGCAGCCUAAUGGCAUGCCAGCAACCAUGUACCCUGCUCCUAUUCCACCACCAAGAGGAAACGGUGUGACCAUGGGGAUGGUGGCUGGGACUACUAUGGCAAUGUCAGCAGGAACUUUGUUGACAACUCAUUCCCCAACUCCAGUAGCCCCUCAUCCAGUUACUAUGCCCACAUAUCGGGCUCCAGGAACACCAACCUAUAGUUAUGUGCCCCCACAGUGGUGAUCAUCCUGGCAGUCAGUGUUUGAAGAUGGGAGAUAUGCAAUCAAGAAAUUGAGGUUUAAAAGUUGGUGCUGAAGCCCUCAUGCCUCCAACCAGGACUCUUCUUCUGAAUGCUUUCAACACUUGGCUAAACACUACUAAUUCCUGAUCACUGAAGAUUUUCCAGUGCUGCAUAUCUUACAUCUUGGAACUCCAGCAGUUAGUCUUAAAGCAAAUCCUGUUUUGUGGACUGUCUUGCAAUUUUUUAGCUAAUUAUAAUGAUAAAAAGGGAGUAUAAAUUUAUUCUGAUCCAUAUCUAGUUGAAUGCAUGUUAAAACACAAAAACAAAGCUUGCUCAAUCUACCUGCAGUGACUGAUGCAAAAACCAUCAUAUGCAAAUCCAAAGGAACCGAGAAGUAUUUUACAACUUGUAUCACUAAUGCACUGUUGUAAUGUUUGCAGGGUCUUAAAAGGUAGAAUCAUGAAAGUGAGUUUCUUUGUAGACUACCGUAAGAUACAGUAGAUAAGAGCUUCAACCUUUUUUGGGUUGAUGGGAUUGCCAGUUUAAAAGGGGCACUUUUUUUGUUAAUUUAAGUGAUGUAUUCUGUUCAAAUUCAAGUACUAAAUUGGAGUGACUGGAAAAUGAGGCAGAAAAGCUGUAGGAAUCCCGCACGCCAUUAGUUUACUUCAUACCUUUACGUUUUUGUUACAUGGAUUCAGUGUUAUAGAGCUGUUCUCAAGGGUCAGAAUGAAAUGACAAAGGUAAUGCUGUGUGUGCGAGUAAAUAAAGCAAGCUUCCUUGAGGCAAAACUUGCCGUUAGGAAUAGUAGGAGGCGACCUGUGUAAUGAAUUGCAUGCCCUGGGGAGAUACAUAUCCAGUACUACCUUUCAUACGAUGCAAGAUGUGUCAAAGUGAGACUGCCACACAGGCUGAUAGAAUAACACUUUCCUUCAGAUCUCCGUUGGAGAGAUCACUGUUGUUUUUCCUAAAGAAUGUUGUAGUCAGUUGCAAACUUAGGUGCAGUUGACCCAGCGUGCUUUCCUGAUGUUUAAGAAGUAUUAGGGCUUUCUGUGGCAGAUGGGGAGAUCAGCUGCGUGCUAUCCUGAGGAAAGCUGCUGUGCCUGACGAGUCUGUUAAAGGGGAACAAUUCAUUCUAACACAAUUUCCUUGUUAGCCACUUGCAGUAUGGACUACAGAUAUGCUGUAGAGGGCUGCCAGAAUAUAGAGGUUUCAGAUAGUUUGGUUGUUUUAUUUUUAUUUUUUUUUUCCUGAAAAUAUUUGUAAUUGAAGUGGGAGCCAUUCGGUGGUUGCAGCGUUUUGAUGUAUUUUUGUAGCAUUUUUUUUUUUUAACUUCCUAAAUUGCACUUGGAAGCACGUACAAAUAAGACUGACUGCAGAUUAGCAUUUCAUUGCAAUGAGUCAUUUCUGGUAUUCUUUCUUGCAACUUCAGUUUUUAAAACAGUACCUCAAAGCAAAUGCAGUGGUGAUAAAGGGCUAACCUUAGAACCCAUUUCUGUACCAAAAUUCUCACCAGGAAGAUUUUAAAUUUUCAAAGUAAAAUGUUGCACAUGAAAUCAAGGUUUUUCUUAGACCUGCUUACUUACAGUGUCAGAAAAAUGCAACUUUUUUUUGUUUUUUUUUAAUAUACAUUCUGCUUGCAAUAAAUUAUGCAGUAAAUGAAAAUAAAAUGUUGUUCCCUUUUAAGCCUUUACAGAGAGGUGUAUCAGGCUGUAUCGUUCUCGUAGUCUAAUUUCCAUUCAGAAGUGAUAAUUUUUUUUCUCUAAUUCUCUAUCUAAUUAAUGUUUUUCUGGGGUGUUCUGCUCCUCUGUAGGUUUGGCAGCUACCUUGGGGUAGCUUCAGAGCUGAUGUGAUGCUGCCAUUCCAGUACUCUGCCCUGGUGGGAUCCUUGUGAACUGGGGUUGGAGCCUUCAGUAACUUUAUUUUUUACAGUAAGCACUCUCUGUAGUUUUUUUUUAACUACGUUUUUUAAAUAAAGUUUAGGAUGAUUUUUCAGGAAUCACUGUCAGAGGACAGACAGCCCCUUUAGUUUUAAUGCCUUGAAUAUUAAUGAUGUUGGAAUAAGUACUUUAAACCUUACUCAUGAGCACUUACUGCAGCUUAGGGAUUUCCAUAUGUUUCCAUAUGGAGCAGAAAAUUACCCCAGACAAACCAUUUUGAAUCUGUGCUGCCUUGGGUCAGGUCUGUUCAACGAUUCCUUUGGUGUAGCAGGUUUGAGUAGCCAGGUGUGCUGGGUGGUACAGCGAAUGUGAAUCCAGGCCAUUUGUUCAGUUUGCAAGUAGUGUGACAUUUUGGUUGUCUUAGCAUGAUUUUAAGGAGAGUUCAGGUGUGAACCAGUGCUAUGCUGAGGAGAAGCUGUACAGAACAGGCUCAGAGCUUCGCUGUCUCCCGUCUCAUCACCCUAUAGACUAAAGCUUUGUGAAUCAUAGGAGUUAAAUUCGAUGAAUGCUGCAUUAGAAAAGUGGUUGAGGAAUGAACAUAACAUCCUGCUUCUUUGCUCUCAAUUCAGUUUCCUAAAUGCCAUCUUGGAAUUGGUCCCUAUAACGUUCUGUAACUUUUAGGCAGUCACGCUUGAGCACUUUUUUUUUUUUCCUAAGUUGCAUUAUGGGAUUCAUCCACGAGGGGGAAACUACCUUUUUUUCCUUAUUAAAAAAAAAAAAAAAGAGGUACCACACCUUCCAGUUCUGAUGAGUUGUAAUGUACUGGGAGGGUGGAGCACAUCUCCAGCAGUUUGAUAUGGGAAGUUACCAAAAGCACAGCGCGGAGGGGACAGGCGGGGAGUGUGUGUGUGUGUAUAUAACUAUCUUAAUGGUAUUUUGUUGCAAAUAGUAGAAAGCAUGGAUACAAAACAGCAGAGGGGGAAGCUGUACAUCGUUCAAUAGGCGUUUACACAGUGAGGGUCUUACGAAACGUUCUCUCCUGCUUUUUAUAUAACAUUCCCUACUUAGAAUUCCUUUAUAAAUGAAUGCGCAGUAUGUUUGCACGGGAGCUCUUUGACAAUGAGAAGAGCUCGUGCUGUAGAGACAUUUCAGAUCAAGCUUCUCUUUAAAAAAAAAAGAAAAAAAAAAAGAAAAAAAAAAAAAGAAAACUUUUAUGGCAGCUUUAUAUGAUUAAAAAAAAAAAAAAGUACUACUUCAAACCUGGAACUGAAGAGAUAACUGCAGCAAUAACAGAGAGAAGUCCAAAAUAGAUUUUUCUUUUUCUUUUUCUUUUUUUUUUUUUUCCAAUUCAAAUUUCAAGUGUUCGAUUUAGGUAAAAUAUUUUUUAAAGACUGAAGUAUUCCCUACGUCAGUGACAACUGAUGAAAGUGUCUUUUAAAUGUAGCAGCAGCAAAAUAUAAAUAGCUAAUAAUUGGCACCAAAAGCACGUAGCCCUAGUCAGUGGCACGGUGGUUAUUAACCAGGCAAUUGGAGGGAGAACAGAGAGCCUACUACUAGAUCUUGCUAUGCUUAAAAGCUGAGAUGGCAGUGGUAGAUAGGGAAGAAAAAUCCUUUCCUUUAGUCCUUCCUUGUGUCGUUUCAUCCACUGGAGGAAGAAACAAACCGUAAGUACCACAGUGUCGUAGCAUUGUCUGACAAUACUUCAUGGUACAGAGUUGCAUGCCAGGAUACCCAGCACUGACUGCUCUUCACACGGUGGGGUGGCUUCGCUGUCACUUGGGCCGUAGGCUGCUGAAGGGAUCUGAGCAAGAAAUGGUCAGAACUGGCUUGGAAUUGCUCCCCAGUGCUUAAGCGUGGUAUUAGGCACCAUUCAUUUGGGUUUGCAACAUAUUUUUGCUUGAGUAGCUGAUGCCACCACUUAACUCCAGGCUUAGAGUCAUACCAGAGAGUGGUAAUGUGAAAUCUCCCAUGUAAGGAACAUGAGCAGUAGUGAUGCUUCAGCUGGAACGUGUGGGGAAAGAGGACAGCUGUGGUCGUCGUUCUUUGCAGUUGCCCAGAUGUGGUUUGUGCAGUAGUUGGUAGGUAGCUGGUAGUUGGUAUGAUCCGUGUGUGGUUUUCUCCAGCAGGUGUCACUGGCCAACCUUCAUGUUUGCUGAGGGUCAAAAGCAAUCCAUGAGUCCUCACGUUGAAGUGUUUGUGAGCGCUUGUCCAAAAAACAGUGCAGAGUAAAGCUCGUUGAGGUGGUUCUUACAUAACGUGUCAGCUUGCUAAUUUUGUGUCUUAUCAAUUCUAAUGAGAUUUGUUGGGUUAGAAUGCAAUUAAAAGGAGCGACUGCAGCAAAGCUAGGAUUGUGCAAGCCUCAAAGAGCACCGAGUUGUUUCUGAAGUAGUGAGUGAGGACAACUUUUAGGGGGUGUGUGUGCUGGGAGAAGGUAAGGGAGGUUUUGCAGAGGGAAAAGAGGGAAGAAGAACAGUGUUUAUCUGGGGGAUGAGGAAACCUUUUCUUUUGUAUGUUGAAUAUAACACUUAAACAUCUGAAUUCCACAGGUAGUAGUAAGGGUCCAUUUGUGUAUAAAAAAACAAAGUUCUAAACAGUGUAUGGGCUCUGAAGUUUCAACACCAAGAAAGUGAACAUGACUUUUCUAAACUGUUGUGACUUUUGGGCACUUAGCAGGCAAACUGGGAAAGCUUUUUUAGCUGGCUGCUGUACAGACUUGUUUUAAGUAGAAUGAAUUUGUUAGUGUGUUUCUUUUUUAAUUGUAAUGCUAUUAUUGGCUGCCCUCAUGUCUAAGAAUUGGAAAAGUGAGUGCAUGCAAUGGAAGUGCAAGAGGCCCCAGUAAUAGUUCUCCAUGUUUGUUAUGAAAUAGACACAGGUUUCCUUUUUAUGACUUUUUAAAAACUGUCUUACAAACAGUUGUAUUGGUACAUUAUUUUUUUUUUUUUUUAAGUUUAGGUCAAUGUUGUCUUCCAGGAUAAGUUUUAAGGCAUCACUCACUCCUGCAUUGAACUACCACAUCAACACAAAGAGUGGAGAUCCCAUUCUGAGCCAGUUCAAUUGUGAAAAUUCAUACUUUUUUUAUUUUUUAUGCAAUUCAAUGAGUAGAUGAGCUCAGAUUUAAAUUCUUAAAAGCACGUUUAUUGUAACAAGAAUUGUUAUGUAUUAAUACUUCAGUUUUCAAUAAAGAUUGACUUGUGUUGCUUA